AUGUCAAGUGCAUCAGGUAAAUCGGUAACAACUACUUCUAAAGAUCGUAAAGAAAGCGAUAAGACAGAGUCUACUAGUGAGGAUCGAAAACGACCAGUACCCCGGACAGACGAAAAGGAAUCCGAUGACGCCGACAGAAGUAGAAGAAAACGUCCAAAGGUUGAGUACAAGGAAGUGGAUGUGCCUGCAGCCAGCGUUUCUGAUGAAGAUACUGGGUCAGGUGAACUCAAAAAAGAGAAAGAGAAACUGGCUCAGGUUCCUCCAAUAACAGCCAAAGUAGAGGCGGCAGGGCCAGAGCCAGAUGUGGCUGAAGAUAGUGAUCAUAAUGAUGAUCCAACAGGUUUGGAAGGAGCUGCAUUUCAGAGUCGUCUCCCCUUUGACAAAAUGACAUCUCAAGAGGCAGCUUGUUUUCCAGAUAUUCUUCAAGGCCCUCCACAAGCUCAGAAAGUAUUCUUAUAUAUAAGAAAUAGACUUCUUCAACUAUGGCUUGAUAAUCCCAAAAUGCAGCUAACAUUCGAGACAGCCCUUCCAAACAUUGAAGCACCAUACAACAGUGAUGGGCCACUCAUUAUGCGGAUACAUUCCUUUUUGGAAAGAUAUGGGUUCUUCAACUUUGGUGUCUACAAACGACUCAAACCUAUUCCCGCUAAAAAGCAUGGCCGUGUCAUCAUUGUUGGUGCAGGAAUGGCUGGUCUGGGAGCAGCAAGACAACUGAUGUCUUUUGGCAUGGACGUUGUACUUCUAGAAGCCAGGGAUCGUGUUGGAGGAAGAAUUGCGACUUUCAGAAAAAAUGCUUAUGUGGCAGAUCUUGGAGCAAUGGUGGUUACUGGACUGGGUGGAAAUCCUGUAACUGUUUUGAGUCGACAAAUCAAUAUGGAGCUACAUAAGAUUAAGCAGAAAUGUCCCUUGUAUGAAUCCAAUGGCACUACUCAAGUACCAAAGGAGAAGGAUGAAAUGGUUGAACGAGAAUUCAACCGUCUCUUAGAAGCAACCUCAUAUUUAUCACACCAAAUGGAGUUUAAUCAUAUAGAAGGAAAACCUGCUUCACUUGGGCAAGCACUGGAGGCAAUCAUAAAGUUGCAGGAGAAGCAUGUGAAGGAAAAGCAAUGUGAGCACCAAAGAAAUAUUAUUGAACUUCAAGAAAAGCUCAAGAAAACUCAAAAUAAUAUGCUUUCAUUAAAAGACAAAAUUGAAGAGCUUCAUAAACACUGGAGGGAAGCGUCCGAGGUUAAACCUCCGCGAGAUAUCACAGCAGAGUUUCUAGUCAAAAGCAAACUACGAGAUCUCACUGCCUGUUGUAAGGAAUAUGACCAAUUGGAGGCACAGCAAAAGGAAAUAGAAGAAAAAUUACAGAUACUCGAAUCCAAUCCACCAAGUGAUGUCUACUUGUCUUCACGAGACCGUCAGAUUCUGGACUGGCAUUUUGCAAAUUUGGAGUUUGCUAACGCCACACCUCUGACCACGCUGUCUCUGAAACACUGGGACCAGGAUGAUGACUUUGAGUUCUCAGGCAGCCAUCUAACAGUGCGGAAUGGUUACUCCUGUGUACCAGUGGCUCUGUCAGAAGGUUUGGACAUAAAACUAAACACUGCUGUACGUCAAGUCAGAUAUACUACAUCAGGUGUUGAAGUGGUAACCACUAGUGCAAGGAAUAACUCCAACCCGCAGACUUUCAAAGGUGAUGCUGUCCUGUGCACUUUGCCACUGGGUGUCCUCAAGGAGAGUAUGCGGGGUAGUGGUGUCAACAGUGUUCAGUAUGUCCCACCUCUUCCAGACUGGAAGGCUGCUGCUAUAAAGAGGCUUGGCUUUGGAAACUUGAAUAAAGUUGUAUUGUGUUUUGAUCGUGUAUUCUGGGAUCCUAAUGCGAACCUGUUUGGUAAUGUGGGGAGUACGACGGCAAGUCGAGGUGAACUCUUUCUCUUCUGGAAUCUCUACAAAGCUCCGGUCCUGCUCGCACUGGUAGCUGGAGAAGCUGCUGCUAUAAUGGAAAAUGUUAGUGACGAUGUCAUUGUCGGAAGAUCCAUUUCAGUGUUGAAGGGAAUAUUUGGAAAUAAUGCUGUUCCACAGCCAAAGGAAACUCUAGUCACCAGGUGGCGUGCUGAUCCAUUUUCUAGAGGCUCUUAUUCUUAUGUUGCAGCAGGCUCCUCGGGAAAUGAUUAUGACCUCUUGGCCACCCCGAUUUCACCACAACAGGGAAGUCUACCUCGUCUGUUCUUUGCGGGAGAGCACACAGUGCGUAACUACCCUGCCACAGUGCAUGGAGCAUUCCUUAGUGGACUGCGGGAGGCUGGCUUGAUUGCUGACCAGUUUCUUGGAGCUCCGUAUGCCCUGCCAUCAAGAUUUACAGGUUCUCAGCCAACAUCGACUUCCUGAGUUAGAACCAGCAGAACCAUUCUGGAUAGAAUUCUUAAUGUACUCAUUCUUUUGUUCCUGUUGGUUGCUUUGUUGUAAACAUUUCUGCUUAAAUAUGUUCUGGCUGUUCAACUAUUUGGGGAAGAGCUUCUGUGAUUUUGCAGCAAGAAAAUAUUUUUAGAGAAUUGAUGAUCUUGUUGAUAUUAGGCGUAUUCAUGAGAAAUGCAUUUGUAAAUGAAUUUGGGCUUUAUAAUGAAACUGUUAAUCUAUAUUGAAGUUUAAAGAUCUGAAGAAGAAAAAACCCACCUGUUAGCAGGCUAAUUUAAAUGUGUGUAUAGGUUACACCUUCUAAAAAGCACCAUUUUGCCAGAGACUGGGCCAAUUUUACAAAACAUUGUAAGUUUACGCCUGAGACUAACAGUUAUACCGGGCAUUCAUUUACAAGUGUUUGGCAUCUAUGUCAUGAAGAAAAUUACAUCAUUAAGGAAAAUGGAGCAUUUUAAGGACAAAAGAAAAUUAAAUAUAUGUGUUUCCAACUAUAGUUUUUGUACUAUAAUAGUAAUAAGAAUUGUGGGUAGACGUUUACAUACAAAAUUAGGCUUACAAUGUUUUGUGAAAUUAGGCCCAGGUCAGUAUAUACCAUGGCAUUUGAUGUUCCAGUUAGGCAAGCACUCUACCACUUAGUUAUUGUCAAUUUGUGUCAAAAGGCAAUCAAUGAAUUGGCAUGUAAGCAUAUAAUGUAUAAACUUAAAAUUUAUAUAAAAACCUAUUUUACAUUUUAAACCCAUAUCAAUGCAAAUAAAAAAAAAAGAGAAUAAAAUUAGUGUAAAUAAAUUUCUUUACAAAUUACAAUCUUCUUUUAUGAUCCAAGUGUAAAGGAAACUGAUAGCACAGUCAAGAUAAAGCAUGUGCAGUUCUACCUUUGGUCUCGGUGUACUGCAUUCGAUUAAUUCAGUAUCACUGAAGGUGAGGGUGCAUACUAUGGCUGUGAAAGCAUUUUGUCUUCACCCCUGUAUUAAAAAUAAGAUUUAAUCUGUAUAAUUUGAUUGCAGUAUGUUAAGAAACGUUUGUUCAUAUAGAUAUUUUUUGGUAACAUUUUUUAAUGGUAGUUGGUAUGGGUUUAAAACCUUUUAUACAAGUUUUAGCAUUAUUUAUUUUAGAGUUAUAUGCCAAUUCAUCAGUUCCCUUUUGACCUAAACGGACUAUACAUGCUGCCCAUUUUUAUAAAGGGAACGUAAGGAUUCUUGUAGGAAUUAUUUGGUUUACUGUGAAUACUGCUUAGAAUUCAAAAUGCUCAUUUCCACAUCAUUAAUAUUUUUCAGAUUGAUCCAAGUUCAAGAGGAACAUUUGUCUGUUAUAUUAUAUCAUAACAUAGCACAGAUCCCAUACUGUGCAACCAUUUUGUGAUCUGCAAAAGAAAUAAUGCAGAACAAGAUGGACUUUUUUUAAUAUUUAUUUUUACAAACAAUUCAAGUGUUAAGUAUUAGAAAUAAUAUUCAUGUAUCAAAAUUUCUAUUUUUAACUACUGUAAAUAGCUUCAUGGUUUAUCAAUCCAUAGUCACAUUUUGUGAACAUUUUCCUUUUUUUUUGGUGCUUAAUGCAGUAGAUAGUGCUGAGUCCUGUUUCAUUAUAGUACACAUAAUAUAUUAAGUCUUGCAUCAAGUCAUUAUCUACCAUUUCAUUUGGUCAUCUUAUUUUUCAGAAUAAAAUAAAAUGAGAAAUCAAAAUUAUGUUCACUUAUUGUUGUGCAAUUCACAUAUAUCUUGAGAAUUGCCUUGAAGGGGUUAUGGGUAUUGCAAUACCACUGUCUGUUUUGUUAGUUUGUGUUUAGAUUGUUCAGUGAAAUAUCUCGAGUAUUUUACAUAGGAUCCUUAUGCAUUGAGGUUGUUAUGGUUUCCCAUUUUAGGUCAAAUGACAACGAUUUAAGCCAUUAAAAAUUAAAACUUGAAUUUUUUUUUAACUGUUUGGACAUAUUAACAUUAGUUAAAAAUUAUUCCAUUGUUCAUGUCCUUUCCGCAUAAAAAAUUAAAAUGGGUUUCACUUUGGUGUUCAUUUUACCUGCUGUUCUAAUUCUCAUUUUAAGUGUUUUGGAGGAGGGGGAGUUGUGGGUGUUUGUAAAAUCAGACACUAAAUUGGCUUUAUCUUUAUUCUUCUUUUACCACAAAUUACACCCAGAAUUUUGCAUUCGAGUGCAGAAUAUCAUAAUUGGCAGUACUCCAUUCUAAAGUUAGGGCUUUGUGCACAGGGACCACAAAACAUUUUGAUCUGAAUUGCAAUAUAUACAUGUAUAUGUCUAAAAUAUGUUAA